UAAUAAGAGGGGAUGAUGACGGCCUUCAUAGGAUACCGCAAACCCGCACUAGACACGAGUCUUCCCGCCUACUCAGGCUCCCCAUACUUCCGACCUCUCCCCGAGGCGCAUGCGCGCUGGCCCGCUGCGCUCUCCCUCCGCAGAUUCCGGGCUUCCGGUUCCGCCCGGACCAAGGGACCAAGACUGAUGGCAGCGUCAGAGAGGUUGGCAGGAGGGGUCGAUGAAGAGGCCGUGAAAGAAGAGAAUCCAGCGGCUCUGAAGCCCGGGGCCGCCCCGUUCGGAAAUUUCCCUCAUUAUUCUCGUUUCCACCCUCCCGAGCAAAGGCUCCGCCUUCUGCCCCCGGAGCUUCUUCGGCAGCUCUUCCCUCCCGAGGGUCCCGACAGGAGGCCGAUCCUGGGGCUCGACGUGGGGUGUAACUCCGGGGACCUGAGUGUGGCUCUAUACAGACAUUUCCUCUCCCCGAGCGAUGGAGAGACCUGCUCCAGAGAACUCCGCCUCCUGUGCUGUGAUAUAGACCCAGCCCUUGUGGAGCGGGCUGAAAAAGAAUGUCCUUUCCCCGACGCCCUGACCUUCAUCACCCUGGACAUGAUGGACCAAAGGAACAGGGAGGCCCCGGUGAACUCUUUCCUAAGCCAGUUCGGGCGUUCCGUAUUCGACGUUGUGUUCUGCAUGUCGGUGACCAUGUGGAUUCAUCUGAACCACGGGGACCAAGGCCUGUGCGCGUUCCUGGCCCACGUCUCCUCUCUCUGCAGCUACCUCCUGGUGGAGCCCCAGCCCUGGAAGUGUUACCGGGCAGCGGCACGGCGCCUCCGGAAGCUGGGCCUCAGUAAGUUCGAUCACUUCCGCGCUCUCGCCAUCCGGGGUGAUAUGGCCAGCCAGGUCGUGCGGAUCCUGACGCAGGACCACGACAUGGAAUUGGUGUGCUGCUUCGGCACCACCAGCUGGGACCGAAGCCUUCUGCUCUUCAGAGCGAGGCACGCCACCACGGAGACUCAGCCAGUCCCUGCAUCCCCGAGAAAAGAUUCUGAAGCCAGUAGGACCGAGCAGCGAGACCAGCAAAGACAGACUGCGGAGCUUUUGUACUGAGAACUGCUCCUGCGUCCCGGAGCCAUCAGGCAGUCUGGAGGCCUGGUGGGAGCCUGUGGCAAAGCGUCGGGAACAAGCCACUCAACACUGCCUGUGUUUCCCGUGUUUGGAAGGGGAUGGGGCCGGGCAGA